AUGGGUAAGGGAAAAAAUAAAAAGAGGGAUGACGGAGAUAGUAAGGGCCGUCAGCAUCGAGGUGCCAAUGGUCACAGUUCUAGACACAACCAUAAGAAUAUGGAGAUGAGAAAGCAUGAAAAUGAGGAUACUUCAAAUGUAAAAAAGAUCCCAGUGAAAUUAGGGAUGUGGGAUUUUGAUCAUUGUGACCCUAAAAGAUGCAGUGGUAAGAAACUGGAAAGAUUAGGGUUGAUUAAGUCAUUAAAGAUUGGGCAACGGUUUCAAGGGCUUAUUAUCUCACCCAAUGGUAAGAAAGUGGUUUCUCCUGAAGAUGCAGAUAUUAUUAAGGAGUUUGGUGCUGCAGUGGUAGAAUGUUCUUGGGCACGUCUUGAUGAAAUCCCCUUUAGUAAAUUAAAUGGUGGUAAUGGUGGAAAAAAUGAGAGACUUUUACCGUAUUUGGUGGCUGCCAACCAAGUGAAUUAUGGAAGACCAUGGAAAUUAAAUUGUGUAGAAGCUUUGGCGGCAUGCUUUGCCAUUAUUGGGAGAUCAGAUUGGGCUGCCGAUUUAUUAUCGAAUUUCUCUUGGGGGAUGAAUUUUCUGACUUUAAAUGAAGAAUUAUUUGAAUUGUAUUCACAAUGUACAGACUCAGACUCAAUACAAGAGGCACAAGAAGCAUGGCUGAAUAAAAUUGAUGAAGAGGCUAAAGAGCGCAAAUUACAAGCUCAAGAUAAUGAUAUAUGGUUAAUGGGGAAUACAAAUAGAGUAAAUGAUAAUCUUCGAGAUUUAACCCUAAGCGAUGGGGAUGAAGACGAAGAAGAAGAGGAUGCAGAAGAUUAUUUAACCGAGAAAUCUGUCAAAUAUGAUAAUUUAGGUAAUGUGAUCGAAAGUAGUGAAGAUGAAAUAACUUUACGGUAUGACAACCUUGGAAACGUGAUAGAAGAGGAAGAAGAAGAAAAGCGCUACGAUGCGCUGGGGAAUCUUAUAGAGAAUUAG